AUGAAAACGCCAAAUGCUCUGUGGGCCAUUGCCCUGAUUGGACUAAGCUGUCUGCUGACAACAGUGGCAGGUGGUCGCCUUGCGCUUCGUUCUUUGUCGCCGCAGGAGCUGCGCUCCGCGCUCGUCGAGGCGGGCGUCGAUGAAGCUCAGCUGGCGCCCAUGGGCCGUGUCACUCCCUCAGCCGUAGCAGGACUGGGCGGCUAUGCGCUGGGCCUGUCAAAUGGUUUGGGCGGCGCCCUGAUCUUUGACCUGAUCACCUCCAAUGAGACUGCGGCCUAUGUCAACAACCUGAUCAACUCGCUGAACACGACAACAACCGACACCAGCAGCGGAGGAGGCGGCUCCACGCAGGAAGUUUGCUUCCAAAGUCGCAGCUUGAAUGGCGAUCAGCUGAAGGCACGCGCCAACGAAGAGUACGCGGAUGCGACUGAUGAUCACGAUCUGUACGACUAUGAAGACGAUGACGACGAUUCGAGCUUGGGUCGCCAGGCCACAGACUACUACUACUCGGACUACGAGGACCCGAUUGGCGGCGCUGGCGGAGUCACAUGCAUUGUGGUCAAUAGAGGACGUGCCAUACUGCGACAUCGACGAAACGCCGAACUAACAGUGGAGCAACUGAGCAAAAGCCAACCAGAAAAGGAGACGCCACCAGCAUCAAACCUGAGUUUUCGUUUCCUAUCCGGAUACAUGCAGGUGGUUCUUGGCGGUGCCCAGUGGUUCAUAUCGGCGGUUGGGCCUUGGCCAAAUGGCCAUUGCAUUAGCUGA